AUGGGAAUUGAACUUUUGGAACAAGAAAUAGCUAAUGAGACUUCUGAACCUGAACGCGAUUUAAAUCGUGAGGUGAACGGGAAUGGGAUUCUUGAAAUGUCUGAAAUCGAUAGAGUACGAAACCUUGAAGAACCCUUUACUAAUGAAUUAACGGAGAAUAAUGUACCUAUAUUAAGACGUCGAGGUGGAUCAACUUUACAAAUGUCAAAUAAAUCGUCACAGUCAACAAGUUUUGUAACUGGUUUGUCUUCAACGACUUCGUCCUCUGCAGGUGAAGGAAGUAGUCGUGCCGUCAGAAGUUCACAGAGUAAAAAUGAUGAUAUUCACUCAAAUAAUAACUCUGAAUACGAAUGUAACAUAUGUUUUGAUACAGCAUCAUCACCUGUUCUAACUUUGUGUGGACAUUUAUUUUGUUGGCCAUGCUUACAUCAAUGGUUAGAAGCACAAUCCCAAAAUCCAUUAUGUCCCGUAUGCAAGGCAGGAUGUGGACAAGAUAAAGUGAUACCAAUAUAUGGAAGAGGGAAAGAGGCCAAAGAUCCAAGACAAAAUUUGGAUAUCCCAAAUCGUCCAGCAGGUCAAAGACCUCAACCACAAAGAGAUCCGAAUCAACCAGGUGCACAAUUUUUUCCUGUUUCAUCAUUUCAUUCCAAUACAUUUGGUCCGCAUUUUUCAAUUUCUGCCAGUGCAAUAUUUCCAUCGUUAUUUGGAGCACAGUUUAAUUUUCCUCCUCCCAAUGGACCCCAUUCACCACAACAAGCCUUUGUGUCAAGGCUCCUUUUGAUGUUGGCUGUCUUAUUCUCAUUAUGUUUUUACUUUAUUAAAUGA